CGGUCGUGCUUACUCGUGUCUGUGUAUAGAAUAAAUAUAGAACGUAUUUUUAAAUUCAAAAUGAAUAAUCUUAAGUUUCCCAUAUUAUUUCUUCUCACUUUAUUACCUUCGGAACUCAUUCAUGGACAACGGGAAAAUAAGUUUUUCCGUAAGGACUAUACGUAUAUCGAAUCAACUGAGAGCUUUUACAAAAUUCACACGUUAUAUAAGAAAUGGGUGGACGCUAAGAAGACUUGCGAAAUGGAGGGGGCUACUUUCUUUUACCCUGAUGACAAGUUUGAAUUCGAUGCUGUGACCACUUAUUGGAACACGUCACAACCCUUCGAAUGGAUCAGUAUCGGGAUCUCAUCGCAGAUGGCCAAAGGAGUCUUCGAAACUGUUGAUGGUGUCUCCAUAAUGGACGUGUAUAACAAAUGGAAGCCGGGCGAGCCCAACGACUCUCAUAACAACGAAGAUUGCGUCGUCAUCCAUAGAAAUGACGGACUUAUGAACGAUGAUGACUGUGCGAAAUCUUUCCCAUUUAUAUGCAAGAAAACACUGGCUUCACUCGAGUGGAAUGUGAAUUGUGACAUUCCUAACACCGACUACGCAUACAGCGAUGUACUUGGCCGAUGCUACAAGAUGUAUUUGACCCCUAUGACCUGGUCCGAAGCAUACAGGGUGUGCAGUGCUGAUCAAUCGUACUUAGCGAUCAUAAAUACCAAGGAAGAGGCUGACCACUUAGUGAACAUGACGAGAUUAGCUCCAAAAGACAAAGUGAGAGGGAAAUAUUUGGCAGGCGCUGUGUUCCUUGGCUUCCAUAAUAAGAACAAAGAUGGAUGGACUACGAUUAAAGGCGGUGCCCUCGACAAUAGUGGCUAUACACAAUGGGGAAACGGACAACCAGACGGUGGAGACAAGGAACUUUGCGGCUCAAUGUUCUACAAUGGACAGUUAAACGAUAUAAGUUGCACACAAACAUGCUUGUUCAUUUGUGAGCACGACGUCCUCCACUUUCGAUGAACGCUUCGCUGAUUUAGAACAAGAAUAAUCGAUUGAAGAAAACCAAUUAUAUUUUCACUAUUAGAAGCGAUUUCAAUGUUUCGCUACAGUUGCCACUUUUUGUAAUAUUAGACGAAAGAUGGUUAUUUUAAAUUCAAGAAACGGGCUUAAGCUGUUUUGUUUAAAAACUUGUUUCUUCAAUUCUCACAGAAACCACCAAAAAUAACAAUUGUCAAAAAAUAAAAAUUCGAGAUAAAAUUAUGUAUAUCGCAAUUUAUAAAAAU